CAACAACGCGGUCGAACAGCAUCUUGAAUGUCAGAAGCGUCGAGCUCUCGUCUCUUGUAUCGCGGCUCACUCUCCCUCCCAGACUCUUAUAUCCUCUUAGAUGGACUCACUUUCUCAGCAAACCUUCUGGCUAACAAAGACCUCCUCCACAAUCCACUUGCACUAGCACUCGAGAGCAUGCGCGGUCGUCCCUCUCUCAGACUCAAAGGCACGGAAUCGCUCAAGAAUAUAUGCAUAGACCCUUCGGAUGAUGUCUGUAUGGACAUCCAUCCAUCCGCCACCCUCUCUCGGGUCUACUUUGAAAAUAUGCUCUGCUUAUCGCAUCUAUCUCCUGAUGGGCGGACGGAAAUGGGCGCGCGUGUAGCCUUGGGAGAUACUGAUGGUCCAGCAACGACAGAAAUACUAAUAUUUGGAAAGGCUCAUUCGUCGCCGACUACUCCAUCUAUAACAAUCCGUGUAGCACGCAUCACUCCAGCUACUCGUGCUCCCCGCCCAGACGAUCCUACACCCCGAAAACCGCCUCAGCAUCUUCUCACACGCACACAAUCUAUCGGAGAACUCGCUGCGAACACGAGGAUCAAAGUCAAAGGAGAUGAAUCAGAGGUGGUGAGACGGGCAAGAGAGGUAAUGCUGCAUUUACCGAAUUCGAAAUCACGGGGGCGAGGAAAGGACAAGGAACGAGGCAGCGCUGUGUUUAAAGUACCCACGCUCCCAGCAAAGAAAACCAACCACGCACCAGAAGCAGACGUUUUCGGACCUCUCAGUGAUGCUAAAGGUAAAGCACGUGCGGUGGACGACGGAGUUGGUGAUAUAGAGCAGGAGAACAAAUCUAUCAUCAAGAAAUUUACUGUAAGACACCUCGAUGCAGUUGGCGUAUCCAAGGCGCAUCCGGAGUUUAAGGAACUCUUUGGGUUCGUGUAUCGUGGUACAACUUUUGCUCUUAGAGCCACGAUAAAGAAAUCUUCUGUUAGUGCGCUAGCUCUAGAGACGCUUGUAGAAGCACACAUCAAGCUUUAUGUUACAUCACCCAUUUGAAAGGAAGGGCUCUUUUCCAACUGAAGUCGCAUUUUCAGCAGCAGAUCGUUUGCAUACAUCACGGAAUUAUAUACCCCGCUCAGAAAAACUAUGAAGGACCAUAAUGCUACUACAUAAAAAUGCAUGAAAGAAUGUCUACUGAGUAAAAUCAAGCGAUUAGUCUCUAAUAUAUGAUAGCCAUAGGUAUUAAUUAUUGCAUAAAAGAACGCUUGCAGAAUAACAUCGAGCUAUUAGUCCAAUAUAAGUUAGCAAUAGAUAUUGAUUAUCGCGAUAAGAUAUGCAAUAAGAUAUGCAGGGAAAGAACAAUGGUACAAGAAUCAAGAUCCACUCGAAAGCAUUGAGCGUCGAUGCAUCAAGCACCGCUCCCAACAGCAGCAGUGACGGGUCCCGGAUAAAC